AUGAAUCCCGCUGAAGAUCAAGUGCUCCGACAAAUUUCCCGAAAGCAGGAUUGUUUGUUGGAAUUGUUGGUUGAUGAGUUGAAAGAAAAUCAUUUGAAGACACGAAGUAAGUUUGCUGGCAGGAAUUUGUGUGGCUCUUUGAUGUAUUAGAUAAAAAGAAAUAUUUUGUGAUGAUUUUCAGUUAUCAGAAACAAUAUGUAAUUUCAGUUCAACGUUGAAAAAGUACAACCUAUUUUGAAAAUUAUAUAUUCAAUACAUUAUUUUCCAGAGCAAUUUCUGGAAGGCUACAAUUACACCGAAUUGCGACACUUGGAUGGGAUUGAUCUCGUCAAAAAACUUGAACAGUUUGAAGUGUUGAAACGUCCAGUGUGCGAAAAUGGAUGUUUAAUCGAACCUGUUAUUGGAGAAGGUGAAGCAGUGAGUUUGUAACAACAACACGUUUUGUGAUUACCAAAAUGUUCAUAUUUAGGUAUGGUGCUGUAACCACCAAGUUUCAAACUUGUUCGAAUCCAGCAUUUUUGACAAGCUGCAACUUUCAAUUGGCCAAAUUAUGGAUGUUAUUUUUCGGAUUUGCAAUGGGUAAGUAGAUCGAGUUUUUGAAUCGAGAAAAAUCAAUUAAAAUACAAAGAUUCAAAAGAAUGUGUGUUGGAUUAGAAAGUGUAUCAAUACUUCUUAUUUCAGUGAAAAAGAAAAAUCAAUAAAAGCAUCAACAAAAAUUCCUCUAUGGAAAUUGCGACCACUGUGGCAACUGUUCGAGAAGGCCAAAGUUCCGUGAGUUUUCAUUGAAGUUUUUAGAUAUGACAGUUUUCUUUCAGAAAAUCUGUAUUGAAGCCGGAAGGGAAGAGUGAAGGAUUUUUUCGUCAAAACGAUUUAUCAAAAAAAUCGUCGAAAGUUACGAAAGUUAAAAUAAUGGAAGAAUUAUUUGGAAUAAAUGUUAUUUGGAAAUAAAAUACUUUUCGAUAAAAAUAUUUCUCUUCUUUUCCUAGAAAUUGUGAUUCCUUUUUUGCAAAUUAAAAAAAUCAGGAAAAGCUUCAAUUUUCACAAUCACAUAUAUGUAUUGACAACAAACCACAUUCCAAAAAUCACUUACUGGUAAAAAAACCACGGCAAGAAAAUGAGAGAAAGGUAAGUUAACCUAACUUCGUUUUUAUCUCUACACAAUGUGUCAUUUUAGCAAGGAAUUUCGGAAGGAAUGGCACAGCUAAUGAAUCGCGGAGAUUUUCUAUCAGGUGUUGCGAGGAUCGCCUAAUUCUCCCUUUUCCUUUUUUUUUGUACGUUUCAUAAAAAAAUUUCCAGUUUUCGGUGUUUGAUUUUGACUGAGAUAGGGCGCCGGUAGAGACGCAUUAAUUUUUGUCCCAAAAAUGCGUAAAAAUCGGAGGACAUUAGCUGCUAGUUUUUGUAUUUUCGCGAUUUUGACUUUAUUGGGUUAGUUUGUGAAAGUUUGUUUUUUGUGGAAUUUGGGACUUAGGGGAUUUUUUGGAAAAGUGGUGUGAGGGAAUUGCGGUUUUUAGUUUUUUUUUUCGGAAAUUCUGAAAUAUCAGAUUUUUUUUUGAAUUUAAUUUUUCAGAAACCGAAACAUUUUUGACACAGAUCUUUUUUGAGCUCCCAAAAAACGGCCUAGAAUAAUUUUAGAGAAUUCUUGAUUUUUUUAUUCAAUAGUGAACGUGGAACUUGGUAAAAACAAUUUCUAUUCCAUAAUUUUUUUGACUAAAAAAAAUAAAGAAUAUUUUCAGUUAUAACUUUGAAUGUGGUUAAACAACAUGAACGUGAUGAAAGAGAGCAAGAAAUCACAUUGGGCAAAAAAGUCGAAAAUUCAGAAAUGAAGAGAAAAAGAGACAUGAGUUUGAAAGGUUAGUUCAGAAAAUCAAACAUUCUCUUAUUUUUCAAUUCAGAAGCUUGGAUGAGCCGAAAAACAAAAGUUGGCGGAUUUCCUGGAAUUUAUGUUCGUGAAGCAUAUCGUGUAUCAAACGAUGAAAUUCGAAUGGUUUAUCUGGAAAAUCAGGAUAAUGCAAUAAAUUUGAAAGCGCGGUUAGCGAAUCAAACGUGGCAACCAGUUGAAUGGUCUUGUUUUAAUAAAACAUGUAUGGAUAUUUUAUUUUGUUCAUUGGCUACAAGAUUUGGAUCACUAAAAAUUGAUGAGAAUUCUGGAAAUGUGGCUGAAAUUCAUGUGACAUCAGAAAUGAAUGAUGAGUAUACUGUAGUUCCAGUAAGAGAUGUGAGAUUUCGAGGAAAAUAUGAGCAUCAACUCGGAGUUUGUUUGAAUCCAAUAUUCUUUUUUACUGAUUGGACAGCAAUUGUGCAAUUUAUGGAAUCUUGGUUGGCUCAAGGAGCAACAAAGUUCUAUUUUUAUUUGCAUAGUUAUACUUGGCAAACUAAACAUAUUUUGAAUUUGUAUAAGGAAUCAUUGGGUGAUUCAUUGGAAUUAAUCGAGUGGAGUGAUGUGCCAGUUGCGGAAAGAGAUCGAGGAAAUUAUGAAAAAGAUCCGAAUUCAAGAAUAUUUAGACAAGGUGCGACUGCUUUUAUGCAUGAUUGUAUGUUGAGAGCAAGAUCAAAUGUGAAAUUCAUUUCGAAUACUGAUCUUGAUGAUUUACCAGUUGCUCAUAAUUUGAAUAUUGCUCAAGUUUUGAAUGAGGUUUCUGAACGACAUCCAAAUGCCGCGCAAUUCAAAGCUGAUUGGAUUUUGAGUCAUCAACCACAGAAUUGGGAUUCUGUGAAAAGCCCAAAUGAUAUACGAUUUGAUCUUUUUGCAACAAGAGUGUUACAAGUUGAAAGUGUUCGAUGGGAUUAUCGAGUUUCGAAAAAAAUAUUCCAUAGACCAGAAAGAGUGAUUCAUUUUGAUAUGCAUUCAAUUUAUCGAAAUGAAUUAAUGCCAGAUGAUGAGAAUCAAUAUACAACUAUCGAAAUGUUCAAUAAUCCAAAAUUAUUUUUCCUUCAUUUGCGAAGAUUUGAAAGACAUUUAUUGAAUCCUCCAAUAGUUGACUAUAAUAAUUCAUUCGAUUCGGAGAUUUUGAUGAAAUUGAAUAACAAGAUGCAUGCAUCGUUUUCCAAAAGAAUUGAAGGAACUAAAUAUGAAGGUAGACAUUUAUCUUUUUAUUUUCGGGAACUUUUUCUGUAAUUCUAGAAAUGAAACUUGCUCCUUGGGCAGUUGAAGCUCGACAAACAAUGCGGGACUUGGAACAAUGUCGACGUGAAGCUUUUGGAUUCAAAUUGGAUGAUCAAAAUGAAAUGUGUCAGCAAAGCGCGUCUGGAUGUGAAGGAAUGCUGUCAGCUGGUAUUAAAUUUAUAAAAACUGCACAAACUUGGACAAAUGUUGCGCAUAAAGCAUAUUUUAAUAGUUAUGUUGAGCAGAAAAGCGGGUUCAGAUUGUUUUAA